CAUUUAAAAGCCCCCUUCUUCACCUCGCGCUUCCGGCGGCAUGCGCUGCCCCCUUUCCUUUCCUCUCUCGCGUGCCUCCGAGAAAGGGACAUCCGGCGUUUCUGUAGCGCCAGGUCCGAAAACGUAACCCUCCGUUCGAGCGGCGUCUGUGGGAGAAAUAGCAACAGACAGCCGCUGUCUUGCUUCACGAUGCUUCCUCGUUGAGAAGGCCAAAAGCCGUGCCAGUUAGGCCUAGCGAUAGCGAAGGCGGCUAGAACGCCGAUCCCUAUAAACCAGUGUCGCCUCCGGCAAACGUGGGAUUUGCAUUAGCAGUUGUCCUCCGGCCUAGCGGCAGACAUAAGGCAUCAGCGGUGCUUUGCCAGUUGAUCUUCUGUGACGUGGGCAAAGAAGCACUGGUGAAAUAAUCUAGUCUUGCGAGAAACACAAGUUAGAGCUUGGGAGGGCUCGACUGCGCAAGGCCAUCGUCAUCUGUGAUGCAGACCAGGGAAUCGAGACACAACGUGCGGUGACAGUGGUGUGAAACUGAUUGCUCGCCAUUGUUUGGCCCUCUGUCCGUGUACAGAAGAAGUGAUGGUGAACUGACGAGCGCGUAAUAUGGCGUGCUUACGCGGGCAAGAUGCUGUGCUGGCGAUCACAGUGCUUGUGCUUUCGUGGUUCGCAGCUCUCGUCCAUGGCCUCCCAGACGUCGUACGUAUAGGUGGCAUAUUUGAGAGCGACAACCACCAGGCGCAGCUGAGCUUCCGCCACGCCCUAGACAAGAUUAACAAGGACAUCACCAUUUUACCAAAGACCGAGCUUAUGCCAGUCAUACACGAGGUGAGGCCAAAGGACAGCUUCUCGGCUUCCAAAGCUAUUUGCACAUCUUUCAAGCAGAGGGUGUCCUCAAUCGUGGGCCCCACUUCACCAGUUGUGACAUCACUCGCCAUGUCGGCUUGCACAAACUUGAAUGUUCCGCACCUUCAGACCACUUGGCAUCCGACGUCCAAUCGUAAUGCCUACACCCUGAACUUGUUCCCAGACCCCGACCUUUUCGGUAAAGCCUUCCUGGACCUCAUACUCAACAAGAAGUGGAAGACGUUCACAAUACUUUACGAGGACCAGCAGAGCUUGAUAUUGCUCAAAGACGUGCUGAACAGCUCAUUCGCCCAAGACCAUGCCGUUUCCCUGGUCCAAAAGAAUCCGAAAUUGUCCUUCAAGAAGAUUAUGAAAGACAUCGGCGUCACUAAACAGUACAACAUCAUCUUAGACAUCAAGACAUCGUCUCUACCAGCCCUUCUACGAGAGGCUCAAGAAGUCAACAUGAUGACAUACUACCACAACUACAUCAUAACUUCACUGGACCUGCACACGCUCGACCUAAGCGAAUUCUCUGGCCUUCAAGCUAACAUCACCGCAUUUCGACUAGUGGAUCCACAGCGACCAGAAGUCAUGAACGUUGUUCGAGACCUAAAGAUCGGCAGGGCGCUUUGGAGACAUGGCACCAGUAACCAUUCCGAGGUUAUUUCUGUCGAUACAGACACAGCACUCAUGUACGACGCGGUGACUCUCCUCGCCACUGGACUUCACAACGCCGAUCGCGUCAUGCAUAACCUGGACCUGCAGUCGCUUAACUGCGAUCAACCCAAACCUUGGAAACACGGAUCCUCCUUACUGGAGUCCAUGAAAAUGACGACGAUUAAGGGAUUGACAGGCGAUGUGCGCAUAGAACAACGCGGAAUUCGUGAAGACUUCUACAUGGACGUGAUUGAACUGAAGUCAAAAGGGAUGAUAAAGGUAGCCACAUGGCAUCCUGCGAAAGGCCUCGCAUACUUUGGCAAUUACACGCAACUCGCCGAAAAAGAAUUCACGGACAAGCUCGAAGGCUUGACCUUGCGAGUCACCACGGUUGAGAGCCGGCCGUACACAAUGCUGCACCCAGAAGGGAGCAAUAAGACGGGGAAUGACCGCUUCUACGGCUACUGCAUCGACCUGAUCAAGAUGCUGGCAAGGGAGAUAGGAUUCAAGUACGAGUUCUACCUCACCGCGGAUGGUACCUACGGAAAGCCCCAGGCCAACAACGAGUGGAACGGAAUGAUCAGGGAACUACUGGACAGGAAAGCGGACGCAGCCAUCGUGGACCUGACCAUUACGUACGAGCGCGAAUCCGUGGUGGACUUCACCAUCCCCUUCAUGAGCACGGGCAUCAGCAUCCUCUUCAAGAAGGCGGAGAAGAGCGAGCCCUCGCUGUUCUCCUUCCUGCACCCGUUCUCCAUCGACGUGUGGCUGUACAUGCUGACCGCCUACCUCGGCGUCUCGCUACUCAUAUUCAUCAUGGGCCGCUUCACACCCUACGAGUGGGUUUCUCCACACCCGUGCGUGCCCGAGGAAGGCGACCUGCAGAACCAGUUCAACCUUCCCAACAGCUUCUGGUUCACGACAGGAGCCAUCAUGCAGCAGGGAUCGGAGAUCACGCCCAUUGCCACUUCAACGCGCAUCGCCUCGAGCAUGUGGUGGUUUUUCUCGCUCAUCAUGAUCUCGUCGUACACGGCCAACCUGGCUGCCUUCCUGACGGCGCAGCGCAUGACAGCACCCAUUGAAAACGCCAACGACCUCGCCAAGCAGACAAAGAUCUCUUACGGAUGUCUCGACGGCGGAUCGACGUAUCGCUUCUUCGAGAACUCGGACAAUGCUUUGAUCAAGCGGAUGUGGACGACGAUGAAAGCGACCAGGCCGUCGGCGUUCACCAAGAGCAACAAGAAGGGUGUGGAGAGGGUGAAACGGGGUGACUACGCCUACCUUAUGGAGGCCUCGUCCAUCGAGUACGAGGUGGAACGAGACUGCAACCUGACGGCUAUCGGAGGCCUGCUCGACAACAAGGGAUACGGCAUCGCCACACCACCCGGCUCUCCCGUUCGCUCGGUGCUCUCGUCGUACAUAAUCCGGCUGCAGGAGUCCGGAGAGCUGGAAAUGCUCAAGCGUCGCUGGUGGCGUGUCGAGGGCAAGGACGCUUGUCCCAUCGAUGCGGCCGCCUCGGCCACCAACGAGAUGGGCCUCUCGAACGUGGGCGGCGUCUUUCUUGCGCUGAUAUUCGGCUGCGCGGGCGCCAUUUGCAUCGUGACGCUGGAGUUCUUCUGGAAGAUCAAGAAAGUGCCCUACGGGGAGAGGGAAUCUGUGUUGAUGGAGCUUUGGAAGGAACUAAAGCUGGUCCUGUCCUGCAAGGGUUCCAAGGAGAACCCUCAGAAGACACCGGAAGAUUCCUUGUCAAACAGCAUAGGAUUGAGCUCAUUGCAUCACAUCAACUACAGCACGACGAGCAUAAAUCCAGCAGCGAACGCUCUUCUGACCAAAGCGGCUCUGCGUGGGGACAAUAAGAGCGCAGAAAAAUUUUAAACAUUUCCCCAAAGCUUAUCAAACUAGUGCCUUAGACCCGACAUUCCUGAAUAUAAAGGGCCGAUUGGAAUCUUGGAGCCUGCAUACGUGGCGUUGCAAACAUAAGCAGUGCAAAAUUAACUUUCUACUAAUGGAUAAGAGAUGCAGAAGAUAUCGUCUUAUCCCCCACUCCCCUUGAUAAAGAAGGUUUACUUUUAGCAGCUAACAGUGCCUUUUGUGGUUGUUACAAACAUACUUCAGCGCCAAAAACAAGUGUUUCAAGUAAGACACUACCAACGAAGCUUCACGAAAUUUAUCCGCAGACUGAUUCUUUGUGCCGACGGUACAAAGCACAUUCUGAUGAAAACCAACUUUCAGAAGACGUGGAAGGAUCAAGGUGAUACUAUUAUGUGAUAUGGAGCGCAGCGCCUUAAGUACAUCGAUCAAUCACUCCCGCCUAACCCUAAUGAUUCGCGCAUACCAUCUUAAUUUUCUUUUCUUCAUUAACAGCUCAACGUCAACAGCCAGCGUGCAAGUGUCACGGGACCUGAGUGGAGACAGUGAAAUGAACGCACCUGUGGCAUUUGUGCUUGAAUAAAAUAUAUAUAGAUG